AUGUCUCCGCAGGAGAUCCCGGAGGUGAUUAGAGAAGAUGUUGCUAUUCCAAGUGUGGAUUCGAGUUUUGAUGACAGACGGGCAUCGAUUGCCAACCUAGAUGGACACGAGAGUCAAGUUAGUAACGGGUCGUUGGAAUGGAUGAGUAGAGACGAUGAGGUUGAUUGUGUACGAGAGCGAUAUGACACGGAGCCACUGGCCAGCGGACAUGGAGUUGGAUUAGGAGGGAGCGCGAUCGUCCCUGCGCCAGAGUCCCCAGUCGAUUCGAUUGACGAGAUGACGGAUCUAGACGAAGUUCACGAAAGUCAGAUCAGAGCACAUGAAGGAAGUUACGAAAUACCGUUUAAGUUUGACGACGAUGAGUUGAGUACGAUGAGCAGCAGCCACGUUAGCACCCCAGAACGAGUUCAGUUUGACACGAGGGAGUAUGACACCAGCGACGAGAAUUUGUCAGAUGUGAUGGCAGCAGAUGUGCCCAGAUCGCGCGAGUUUGAUGUGAUCGAGUCUGGCGUACCAGAGUGUUUGCCUCAGGCGAAGGUUGAGAUUCACGAGGAGACAGAUCGAGAGACAGAGUCAAGAGAGCCUAGGCCUCCCAGCCUUCGCUCUAGCAUAGUCGAAAUGGACGUAGAGUGCGCAGCUAGUUCAGAGUUUAGCGAUUCAGGAUGCAGCGAGCAGGACUUUCAGCUUAAAGAGCUAAGGCCUCUCAGCCCUUGCUCUACUGUGGUUGAGGAGUCUCUCAGCUUCAGUCCUAGCGAGUUUACGUAUCAGACAGUUGACGACGAUGAGGUUAGAGAUGAGAUUAGAGCGCGAGUGUCUCAGUCGAAAGAUCCUCCGGCAAUGCGGAGUGACUUGUGGAAUGUGUACGGUCCCUGUGGCUACUUCAUGCCCUGGCACUCAUUCCCAAUUGUCGUGGAUCCAGCGCAGAGAAGUUCAGAGCAGAUGUUAGGAUGCGAUCCAGAGAUCGAAGCGCCCACGGAGUCAAAGUUAAGCGCAGCGCAGCCACCAAUUCAGAGUGGCCGCAACGUGAUCGAAUUCGUUGAAGCACAACCUACUGUACUCACAUGA